UUCUGCGAGUGCGGUUGUGCGAGAUCGCGAGGCUAAAAGAAACAACGUGUUUUAAAAAUCGAAAAAAGAAAGAUGGUGCAAUUAAAAAAGUAUACCAAAGACGAGAUACAGAGGACAAAGGCUGCCGGAAAAGUAGUAAUAAUUCUACACGAUAAGGUCUACGAUGUCACAGAAUUUUUGAAUGAACAUCCAGGUGGUGAAGAGAUUCUUAUCGAUCAUGCAGGAAAAGACGGUACAGAAAAUUUCAACGAUGUCGGCCAUUCCCAAGAUGCUCUUGAUCUAAUGAAUAAAUAUAAGAUAGGCGAACUCGUAGAAUCAGAAAGAACUAAUAAGCCUUUAAAAAAAGGUUGGGUCGCUGGUUAUAAUAACAAACAACCGGAAAAGGAAAAAUACGUUAAGGGACCAGGGGCGCCAUUUUAUACCUUAAUCGCCGCCAUUAUGCUUUUAGCCGCCAUUGUAUUUUACAAUAUGUCAUGAUUAUCGUAAGAUAAAGAUGAUAACGAUUAAUUAAUAUCAUCAUCAUCAUCAUCAUCACCAUCAUCAUCGUCAUCCUGAUUAUCAUCACAUCGUGUUUUAGAGAUUUAUGUUUGUAAAAAGAAUAAGAAAUUAAAAUAAUAAAAAAUGAAUAAAUACAUAAAUAAAACAAAAUAAUUUUAGCAUGUUUUUGACUUCAAGGAUUCUACAUUGCUGCGAUUAAAAAAAAAUCAUUUUAAAAGAGAUUGUAUAAACAUACGAGCGCACAUACUACACACAUAGAACCCUUUUUUAAAAUUGUUUUCGUAUCACUUGUAAUUAAUAGUAUACGAACGUAUUAUAUUUAUACGUAUAAGUAGAAAAAGAGAUAAUUUACAAUGAAUAUAUAUAAGCGUGAGUUA